GCUUGCUCGAGUUCCCCGACGUUGAACGUCGCUUCUUUAUCUUUGCACAGUGGCACGACAGCGCCAACAUGACAGACUCAGCACCCUCCUCAUCACCAAAGUCUGAAUCUAGCAAUUCCAGUGAGCAACAGCCCACAGGUCAACCCAAGAAUCAACAACAAGAGCCGACUCAGUCGCCUUCCACAGUCCCAAGUGCGGAUAUUGUAGACAGGCGAGACUUAAUAACAAAGGCGAGGGUGUUCUUGAAUUCCCCGCAAAUACAGUAUCAAGAUCCGACAGCAAAGCGAAGGUUCUUGGUCGAGAAAGGCCUCAGGGAGGAUGAGAUUGAAGGCCUCCUUAGAGAACAGGCAUACGCACCGGUGAUUCCACCCAGAACUUACCCGCAGGCACCCCCUUCGAACCUUCCAACUUUACUGUUGGGGUUGGCGAGGCUGUUCUCGUGGUUGGGCAUGGGCUCUGUUGCAUUGAUUUUCGUAUAUUACCGAUUCCUGCUUCCUAAAAUCACUCGGACCGCACAAGCUCGGCAUUCGCUCAGAACGCACCAUAUUUCACUCAUGCAGAAACUGACUGCAUCACUCGCCUCUUUGAAGGAGGCACAAACACAAUCACUCGCUGAGCUCCCCCGUCAUGAUCCCUACCAUGAACGCCCACAGUUUGCCAAGUGCAGGACCCUUUCGCAGGUGCUGAAGACGCUUGGUGACGGUGAACCCGACUACUCGCAGAUCCCACCUGUUACGCUUCUUCGAUGCGCUAUUUCCGAGCUUGCUAAAGGGAAGACGGGAGAUGAAGCUCUGCCAUCCACAGAGGAGGUGUUCUUGAUAUUGGAAGGCAAGAUUCCGUGGUUAGCUUCGCCAGAGGCGUACGAUUUCAAGAAAAAGGUUUACGACACAUUGCUUGAAUGCCCCCGGUUUGUGGAGGUUAACCGUAAGGAUCGAGGGGACGAUACGCCAGCGGCACUGAAAUGGAAAUACGAAGCACCUCCCCCAGUGGAACCAUCGCCCCUUGUCCAGUCACUGUCUCGUCUUGAGUCGGCGGUUCCAAAACAACAAGAGCCUCGAUCCAGUGUCUUCCAACACACUUUAGAAACCCUGACAGAAAUCACGGGAUACAUCAGCAGUCAGGUUUAUGUGCCUUAUCGACCGCCGCCUGGCGGUCUUGGUUUCUCGGGGUCCUAUGGUCUUAGUCCCGCUGAGGAGGCGUUGAAGAAAGAGAUCCGUGCAUUGAAGGGCCUGGCUUUAAAUAGGUAUGCAAUCUGUAGAGCUCAUCGGGGAGACUAUUGA